GUUCCGUCGUGCGCCUGCUUCGUACCGAUUGGUGGAUUCAGAAAAAGUGCAUAAAAAAUACAUACGAGAGCAGGCACCAGCAGCAGCAGCAGGACGGAAAAUUCCUCCGCUGGCAGCUGUUUUCUGAUUUAUGAUUUUCCUGCUUUCCCUGGACGUUUUGAUUAAAUGAGCUGUAAACAUGGAAGACACCAGCAGUUCAGAGGUCAAAAUGAUCCCCUUCAAAUAUCCUGAAGUAGCAACCAAAUUGUUUGAAGAAAAAUAUCGAAAGAAUGAGCUCACGUCCCUUGAAUUUAGGGCAUUCUGGCACGGGCAUGUUCCCAAGCUAUUCAAAGUUGUGACCCACCCGCAAACCAAAGUUCCCAAAAUAGAAACGCAGCCAAAUUAUAGAGAUGUCCUGAUUCGUCCAAUUGAAGAUUUCAUUUACAACGCUUGUGGAAGCAAAGAGCACACCCUUAAAGAACUGAGUAAAGUUGAGUCGACGGUUACUUCUUGUGGCCACGUUUUUCGAAAUGGCGAGUCUACCUACACCUGCCGUGACUGCGCCAUGGACUCGACCUGCGUCUUGUGUGUUUUGUGCUUUCAGAAGUCCACACAUAAACAUCACAGGUAUAAAAUCACCUCUUCCUCUGGUGGAGGGUGUUGUGACUGCGGGGAUGUGGAGGCCUGGAAAUCUGACCCUUGGUGUUCGGAGCACAAGGGAGGAGAUGAGGAGACUGAUGUCCAGGCGUCUCAGACUCAAGAGAAUGAGUUCAGUGCCCUGGAAGAACUGAAUUUGGACCUUGCUGAGAGAAUGAAGUUGAUUUUUGAGUCAGUUACUAGAUAUGCUUUCACUUGCCUCUCAUACGUAGAUCAAAAUAUUGAGACUCCCGUCGACAGAGUAGAUCCUACUAUCCUGCUCCUGCCAGGUGCAAACUCUCAUUUGCAAGUCAAGGACUCCUACUGCCUUGCACUGUACAAUGACGAGGUUCACACCUAUGAGGCUGUUUCGACUGCCAUCACAAGGGCAGUAGGUUGUACGGCAAAUGUAUCGAUGGACCACACGCUGAAAGUUGAUAACAUGGGCCGAGCCAUAAUCAGAUAUGGAAAUUACGAAGCUUGCUCCGAGUCUAAAAAGAGAAUGAGAGAACAGCUGCUGAGAAACAUGAGCAUCCCCCUCAAAACGGAGAUUUUGCACGAGUACAUAAUCUGCCUUCAGUUUUUCGCACUGGAGCUUUUGCAGUGGCUGGAAAAUUGGGUCAAAGAAAGCAAGGCAGUGCGCCAGGCUUUGUCUUUUGUUCUCCUAGAGAGGACUAUUGAGGACAGCUCUCCAUACACAAUUUUGGAGGGAGUCAUCAGGCAAGACCCAAAGCUCUGGAAAUCUGCCAGGUCGCAGUGGAACAAACUUCUCUUCCACAGCCUCUUGUUUGAUUACAAUUUAAAGAAAAGAUUUUCAGAGGUCCUCACUCGGAACUACAAGUUUAUACUCUCAGAAUUCAUGAAUGACGACCACGACCUUUCUUACAGCGUUGCAUCUUUGGCGGUCCAAGUAUUUACUGUGCCCUCGCUGGCAGUCUACUUAAUUGAGCACCAUGAUGUCAUCUUCAGUAUACUAAAUUCGUUCUACGAGCAUUGCAUCGCCUUGUGCGGGAUCAGUGGGGAGCGAUUGGCAUUCACUUUCACCAAUAACAUGGAAGUGAAGCGUUUCAAGAGGGCCAUGUAUGUGUUGUGGGACCUGCGUUACUUGUUGACUUUUAAGCCUAAGGCGUGGAAUUCAGCCUUGAAACAGAACUUUCUGCACGGAUUCAGUAUUUUUCUGAAGCUUUUAUAUCAUAUGCAGGGAAUGCUUUCAUUCACAAGAUUGGUCCAUCAACAUGCAGAGUACGAGCAGGAGUGGGAACUGGCGUUCCAGUUGCACUCAAAGGUCUCGUCUGUGGUUGCGUUGGCCCACGAAUGGUGUGGUGAAGACAAGCUUGUGCUUAUAAAAGCAGUCAGGGCAACAUUGAAGAAGCUGAAUGAAGUGUCCGUCAAAGACAGUGUUUCAGGACCAAGAAAAGAUUUGACUGUUGCUAAUUGCACUGCAAAGUGCUUGGAUUACGACAUUUCAAAGCAAAGCGUCAGUAUUCACAUCCCUCUGACAAGACUUUUGGCUGCCCUUUGCUUGCAUUUGCCAAAGUACAACCUCAAUUUUGAAUCUGACGAACUUAUGUGCACCGAAUUGACAAUCGAACAAGUGAUGGAGCCUGCUUUGAGACAGAUGGCCUUGAGAGCUCAAGUCCAAGCUCGAAUGUGGAGACGUAACGGGCUCAGCUUACCUCAUCAGUUGAUGAUGUGCUCCAGCAGCAAGUGCAGGGGUGAAAUGUUGGACUGCGACGUCAUCAUGCUCCAAACUGCUCUCACUCUUAUGAAGCCAAACGAAUUCUUGAUCACAAUGCUGUGUCGAUUCAACCUGACAAAUUGGGUGCAGCCUUCUUACAUCCACGAGCAGAGGAGUCCUGAGGAUGACAGCAUCAGGGAAAAGAACACUCUGGUUGAGGAGCUCCUAUACACCCUCCUCUGUGUUGUGGGAGAAAGAUUCAAAGUUGGAGUUGGCGAGGUGACCGCUCAAGACUGCUUGUGCCAUGAAGUUGUGCAGCAGCUGUGCAUCAAACCCAUGUCACACUCGGAACUGAAUGACCAACUUCCAAGGGACGUGAAUUACGAGACUCAUUUGGAAAGUGUGGUCGACUUAGUGGCUGAUCUCAAGGACCAAGCGCAAGGCAAAAAGGUCUAUGAGCUGAAGACCGAGCGACGAGACGAGUUCAACCUUUUCUUCUACCACUUUACCAGAGAAGAUCUGAGUAUUGCUGAGGAAUAUCAAAGGACCUUGAGGAAGAAAGAGUCUGCUCAGUUCAACUGCAGUCCUCCUCCGUUGCCACCCAUGUUCACAAAUGCAUACAGCAAAGUUUUGGAUGUUCUUGAAUGUGAAGUGAUGUUGGCCCUCAUGGAAGCAGUUCUUACUAGGAUGAUGAAUCUGAUGACACCAUGUUUUUCUGAGCUUCAGCUUCAGGAAACUCUGUUCCUUAUUGGGUAUGCUUUGUUGGAGGAAGAGAGACAGAUGAAGAUGGCACAAACAGGUGUGCCUCCUGACAGACCGAUCAAAUUUUCUACCAGGGCAGAAGCAAGACAGAUUCUUCCUUAUCAUGUGGAGCAGCUGUUGAAGGGCAGGAGAAAUGAGGUUGAGGAACAGUUACCCUUGGUCAACUGGGUUUUAGCCAAGUACAAGGAUGUUGUCAAGCUGAGAGAUCGCAAAGUUGAGGAACCUUCGAGCAGUGCGCCAGUACCAGAGGCCCCUGCAGAAGAUGAGGAAGCUGCACAGAAAGCAAAGAAGGCGCGUGCAGAGUUAGUGGCUCAGAGACGAGCUGGUGUUUUGCAGAAAAUUCAGGCACAGAUGUAUUCAUUCAUGCAGGAAAAUGCUGACGAAAUGGCUUCUGUUGAUGAAGACAUGCAAGAAGAGAGUGUGAUCAAUCCUUCUUCUGCCUCGAUGGUCGGAGACCCUGUUGCUUUUGGCCCCGAUUACUGGACAGUAAAAAAAGAGAAACGAAGGGUCAUUUGCAUCCUUUGUCAAGAGACAGAACUCAUCAGUUCCUCAUCCAGGGAUUACAAGCCGGUUGUGAUGGCUGCUCUUGUACAGCAGUCAACCGUGUUGAGCCGCCACAGAUCUUCUGUGAUGGACGACCCAGCAAUGAAUGUUGACGGCAAAAUCCAAACCACUCCUUGCAAGUCAGUCGCCAACCUUUGCUUGACUAGCAAUCUUGGACCUGCUCCUCACGUCAGCUCUUGCGGCCACACAAUGCACAAGUCAUGCUUUGAUAAUUUCUUUGAGUCAGUCAGGAGGAAGGAAGAGCAGCGGGCUGUUCGCAGGGACAACUCCUUCUAUGACGUCAGACACAAGGAGUACCCUUGUCCAUUGUGCAACAGCCUGAGUAACUGUGCCAUGCCAAUAUUUGAGGACAACUCUGAUAUAGAGGACAGGUGUGCCAGACAAGAAAGCAUCAACACCCACGAAAACUUGGCAGAGUGGUCGGCCAUUUACGAAAAUAUCUACCAAGAAGCAGUUAAACAUUGGGGCUCCUUUGCUGAAAACCCUCUAAGUCGUCUGAAUAUUGGAGAAGGAGACAAUUUCCCACCAGACAUGGGACCCUUGGAAAGGAAAGAUUGUGAAGCUACUGUUGAAGAAUCUAGUCUGAAGAAGAAGAUGGCUUCUUUCAUGAGCCACAACAGUGAUAAGAAAAAGAGGUUCAAGCUUCCGACUCAUCUGAAAGACUGCAUGGAUGCCUUUACGGAAGUUGUGUUUAAUGCUGCCAAAAUGAAGAAAGAUAGGACUGACUGGAAUAUUUACGCAUACCGACUCGCUUACCUGUGGCAAGCCAGUGCUUACACCAUCCACUCUCUUGAAUGGCAACAGCGUGACCCAGAGAAGAGCCUUCUCGGAAACUUCACGGAACGACAGGAAGAAACAAUACGGGCACUACUACUUACUUCUGCCAUGGAACCACAAGAUUUACACCCUUCGAUAAUACAACCAGUGGCAGUUUCUCUUUUGCACACUUUUUACCAAGGAGAUGAUAAAAAUCACCCUUGUAUUUUAGAGGUGGACCAAUUUGGUUUCUUAGUGAGUCUUAUUUUCACAAACUCGUACAUCUUCUCCAAGAGGAAUAAAGUGAAAAUCCCCACCUGCUUCGAAGAGGAUCUGGCUUUGUUGAGAAUGGCGUUGUUGGCCCAUGUAGUUACUCUUAUGCUGGGCAUGGAGUGGCAAGAGGAAGAAAUGCCCAUGGAGGUAGAGGAGUCUCCUGCAGACGUGGAGGAAGGCAAACUGGCCAUGAAACUUCUGUACGCUGUACGGUCUAUUACCAAUUUGCCUCUGCCUCCAGAGUGGCUCAGCCCGGCUAGUCUGUGGCACAGAAUAACAAGGGAAUGUACUCCUUUCUUGAGAUGCUGCGCAAUCUUUUUCAAGUACCUGACUGGAAUUCCGGAUCCACCUGCAUUGACCCAAAGUGGUGGAGACACUUUCCAAGAGUUGUGCAGAUUCCUAGCUUUGCCGGGGAACUGUCUUGAACUUUUAGCAUCUGAUUUCCAUUUGAAAAUGGCAACAAGAUGGUGUCAGCACCCAAGGAUAAAAGCCACCCUGGAGAGCCCUAAGUUUGUACGCGGGCCCAUCAGAGUAAACCAACUGGUCCCCUUGCCUAUGGAUUUUACAGAUCUCAUUAACUCGGUUUCGUCGGUGAAGUGCAGAAGCUCUGACGAGAAUGCAGCAAACCCCUCCAUGUGCCUUGUUUGCGGACGAUUUGUCUGCUUCCAUGGCUAUUGUUGUGCGGUAAAACUAGAAGAUGGUCAAAACGUUGGCCCAUCUAUGUUUCAUGCAUAUGAAUGCGGAGCUGGAAUUGGACUCUUCUUGAAAGUCCGAGAAUGUGAGGCUUUUGUUCUUCGACAUCACCAAAGAGGCGUUUACAUCACUCCUCCUUAUGUUGACAAGUACGGCGAAACUGAUGAGGGCCUCAGAAGAGGCAACCCCUUGACACUUAACACAAAAAGCUACAAGGAGAUGCACAAACUUUGGCUCUCGCACACGCUGUGCCAAUCGACAUGUAAAAUUUUGGAGGAUGGAUUUUAUCCUGUCCUGACCAAUUGGCAAUUGCUCUGAACUAACCAUUUUUCUUCGGAUUGUUACCUAUAGUAACCCUCGCUCUUAAUUUUAUCAUUUUGUGCAUUAAAUCAAAUCGAUUAGAAAAAAAUUGUAAUCAUUUAUAAACA